AUAAACAUUGAGAUAUUUUUGGAAUUGCCAAAAAUUAUCAGGUAUAAUUCCCUUACUGCUGUUCUAGUAGCAAAUAUCAACAUAUACAUUUUAGUAUCUCUGUUUAGCUAAGAAGAUAUUUUAAAAUUUAGCUUUUAAAUAUUGAGAUGCAUGUUGUCCAUUUGACUAAAAAUAUCUUCAUAUAUCAUGCAUGAUCGUCAGCUAGAAUAUAUACUGAUUUGAUGUUUCGUCCAUACUGCCCAGCCCUAAGUGGUCUGUAUAAUCAAGCAGUGCUGACAAUCAAACAGUCUUUUUUCCCCUUUGUGUGGCUUAUUUUACACACAGAACUGAUCUUCUGUUUUGGAGAACCGACUCUUUAUACUCUUGUGCAGACUGAAAAUCAGAACAGGAACCUGGAGAAGUUUUGUGACUUUUCUUUGACUAGUAUUUGUUUAGUUUGACUUUUUUCUGCUGCAGAUGCAGCAGCUGUGACUUCAGAUAGUUUGUGGCGUGUUGAGUCGAGUGUCUUGAGUUACACGGAGAAACUGAAGCUGCCCGUGGCCUGCUGGCUCUGGUUACCAAUCCGAUAAAUAAUAAGGCGACAACAACAGAAGAGGAGAGGACGGGGCAAGGUCCAGCAGCUUUUAUCGGUUCUCUGGAAAUGUUGUGUUGACUGUGAGGAGGGCGUGAUUCAGGACAGAGGUGAAAGAGGAUUCAACAAAGAGAACGGAGGAUUCAGACUCACCUGACGAGCUCCUGGAGGAGAGAUUCACCAAGUCCUUUUUCACAGACUUAAGGAUGUAAUUGAGGGUGCUCACUUGAACAAGACCAGACUUGUUCUCAAACUGUUUUUGGAUCAGAUACGAUGAAGCAAAACAUCCACCAAGAGCCGCCCUCCAUCUGAGCUGAGCUGGAUCCGUGUGGUGGGGUCAUGUACGUCCUGUGCACCCUGGCGGUCUUGACCCUCCACAGCCUCAUCAAGAGCUGGACCAAUAAGGCAGUAGAGUCUGGACGGAGCUCGGAGGCUGGGGGGAAAGAAGGUCGCCCAGAGGGUGGAGGAUGGGGAGCGCACAGGUCUCCGAGAGGUGGAGGGGGUCUAAAGAAGAGCAGGAAUGCUGGAGGACUGAGCAGCUUCAGGGUCGAAGAGAAGCGGAGGCGAGAAGGCGGCAUCCGAAACAUCCCAGACAGCAGGAAACGAGUUCAGCCGGUCCAGCGGUCCAGCGCUCUGCUCAGCCCGGCGGUCAUGUUCAGCACAAGAAAGACCUGGGACCUCGGCCACGCCCCCUGCCUACAGGAGCUCUGGAAGAAAGACAUCUCAUUGGAUGCGAGCUCAGUGGACUUCCUGAUGAGUGAUGGUGAAGACGACAGCUCCUUCCUGUCUUUGCCCGCCACUGCCUUCUCACAGCGCCCUUCUCUGACCACAGAGCUGAACGAAACAAACGCACCCAGCCAGCAGCUGCUCAUCCAGACCCUACAGGACAAAGUGAGCGAGUUUCAGGCUCGUCUUCGCUCUGAAGAAGUCACUCGUCACCUGCUGCUCCAGCAGCUGCAGCAGCAGAGCGCCCAGGAGAAGACGGGCGGUGGUGUCGGAGGAGUUCAGACGUCUGCCAUACCUAACGGAGUGAGGCUACUGCAGCAAGGUGAGCAGCCUUCAGAUCAUUUCAGCUGUGCAGAAGAAGAGCAGCUCGUUACUCGGCUGCGCACACAGGUGGAGGAGCUGGAGGAGAAGCUGUUGGAUCAGACUCAGGAGGUGGAGAGACUUCGCUCUGAACUGGGGGCGACAGACCUGGAGAAGCAGCUGGAGCUGCUGGUGGUGGAGAACCAGCGUCUGAAGCAGGAGCUGAAGUCAUGCAAGAGCUCAGAGCUUCUGAACCUCGACGCUGCUGCAGAGACGUGCAGCUGCAGCCACAGCCAGGAUGCGGAGUCUCUGCGGAGGGAGGUGUCUCGCUGGGAGGGCCAGGCCCGGCACAGGGAGCGGCGGCUGGCUGAGUUGGAGCGGGAGCUGCUGGAGAAAACCUCCAAAGUGGAGAGUCUUCGCCAACAGCUGGACGAGUCGACCCGGCAGCUGGAGGAGUCUAGGAGGAGGCAGGCAGAGGCUGAGCAGAAACUCUCCCUCAGACUUCAGGAGUGUGAGGAUGAGCUCGCCAGGCAGGCAGUGACACCCCCAAGAGUCAAGUAUGUCACUCAGACGGUGGAGGUGGAGUCGGCCGACUCUCAGAAAGCUCUGGCCGAGCUGCAGGCGAAGAACGCUGGCCUGCAGGAGCAGCUGUCGGUGCAGAGACAGCUGCUGAGGGAGCUUGAGACACAGCUGCAUGAGUCCCAGAGGACCUGCGCCCAGCUAAGGACGCAGAUCCUGGUCUAUGAGGGAGAGAUGGAGCGGGCUCAGGGUCAGCUGGAGGCUGAGAUGCAGAACCUGGAGGAGGAGAAGAACCGUGUGAUCGAGGAGGCGUUCAUCAGAGCUGAGAGUGAGAUGAAAGCUGUCCACGAGAACCUGGCAGGAGUGCGUAUGAACCUGCUGAGCCUGCAGCCGGCCCUCAGGACGCUCACCUCUGACUACAACUGUCUGAAGAGGCAGGUGCAGGACUUCCCCUUCAUGCUGGACAAAGCUAUCACCGAGGCAAAGCGCGAGAUCUGUCAGGUGAUCAGUGAGGUGAGCAACACCAACCAGGAGCUUCUACGGAAAUACAAGCGAGAGAUGAACCUGAGGAAGAAAUGUCACAACGAGCUGGUCCGACUCAAAGGUAACAUCCGUGUUUUCUGCCGCGUCCGGCCUGUCAGUCAGGAGGAGCAGGACUUCACCGACUCCAAAACCAUGCUGAGCUUCGACUCUGAAGAUGACGGCAUCCUCUACCUCUCAAACAAGGGCAAAAUCAUGAGCUUUGAGCUAGACAAAGUCUUCCCUCCUCAGGCCACGCAGGAAGAGGUUUUUCAGGAGGUCCAGUCUCUGGUCACUUCCUGUAUCGACGGCUUUAAUGUCUGCAUCUUUGCCUACGGACAGACCGGCUCGGGGAAAACGUACACUAUGGAGGGCGUGUUGGAUGACCCCGGCAUCAACCAGCGAGCGCUCCGUCUGCUCUUCUCUGAGGUGACGGAGAAAGCUCCAGACUGGGACUACAAGAUCACUGUGAGCAUGGUGGAGAUCUAUAACGAGACGCUGCGGAACCUCCUAGGAGAAAAUCCUACAGACAAGCUGGACAUUAAGAUGAACCCUGAUGGCAGCGGGCAGCUCUACGUCCCCGGACUGACCGAGUUUAUUGUGGAGAGCCCGGAGGACAUCAACAAGGUGUUUGAGUUGGGUCACAUGAACAGAGCGACAGCCUGCACCAACCUAAACGAGCACAGCUCUCGUUCUCACGCUCUGCUCAUCAUCAAUGUGUCAGGCUACAACGCUGCUACUGGGAUCCGCACACAAGGAAAGUUGAACCUGGUUGAUCUGGCAGGCUCAGAGCGCAUCGCUAAGUCAGGGGCAGAGGGCAGCCGUCUCAGAGAAGCUCAGUGCAUCAAUAAAUCUCUGUCAGCGCUUGGUGAUGUCAUCAAUGCACUGAGGAGUAAACACUCCCACGUCCCAUUUAGAAACUCUCGCCUCACCUACCUGCUGCAGGACUCUCUGAGCGGAGACAGCAAGACCCUGAUGAUGGUGCAGGUGUCUCCACUUCCUAGCAACAUGAGCGAGUCAGUCUGCUCGCUGAAGUUUGCUCAGCGAGUUCGCAGCGUUGAGCUGAGCCUCUCAUCUUCAUCCUCCAGAAGACACGAGAACUCGUCCACCUCAUCCUCGCCAACCCACGACAGUGUCGAGUUGGACUCCCCUCCGGUGACACCGGUCCCCCUCCCAAUUUCUCGGGCCAGCAGUGCCGGUUCUACCCUCUCCUCAUCCUCCAGAACUCCCAGUAUAUCCAGGAGGAGGUCCCAGUCCCAGCUCUCUGCAGACAGGCAGGUAGACAGAGCCAGCCCAUUGGUUGGGGACGGUGGGCAGGACGACUGAAGCUGACAGCCUAAGGGAGCUGGAGAUAAUGCCCGUGGGGGUGCCAGCCAACACCCUGAGGCUUCUCCCUGCUGGGACAGUGACACUUUCCUGCCCUUGCUGGAUUUACUACCCUCCUUAACCUCUAACAGGAGCAAAGACUUAAGGGAACCUACUGGGCAUAUAACAGACUUGCAUCUCUGCGUGUACCAGCAGAGACUGAACUCAAAUGUGCUGAUUUUGUGGUGAUGAUGAACAUUUAAAGACUCAAAGAGAGACGCCACUGCAGCCCUAAACGUUGAAAAGCUCCUUCCAUCUGGACUGAAAUCCUCAAUAAUGAUUUCUCUCCCUCCUUACAGUAUAUGCUUUCCAAUCACAGUAUUUCUUUUUAUUGUUUCUUUGUAAAGGUGCACUUUAAACUUUUAGAUGAUUUUCUAACCCACAGCUCCAGAUGUGGUUGAUUCUAAUAUAUGCACAAAUAUUUAUGUUUGACAUGCUUUAAUCUCGUUGCUUGCUGCUUUGGAGGUUUUAUUUUCUUUUUUGGUUGAGGAUGAAGAACAUUUUUCUGAGGUUUAUCUUCAUGAUUUCUCCAGCUCAGUAUGUUUACAUGCAGUUAGACAUUUUUGAAUCACUGCAGCCGAAAUCGUACUGAAUAGAGUUUCUUAAAGUAGUACUCUGACGCCUCCAUGUGUGUGGAAAGCCCUGUAGCUGCUAGCUAACACAGGUCUACCAGUAUUAGGUCUGAAUAUGGCCUCCUAGUGUAGCAGACUCUGCCAUACUUACAUCUAUUAAUGGAUUCUCCAUCGGUGCUUGUAUCCUUGGACAAGAGCUGUUGUCCAGUUAAAUUUCCUUACCUGUAGCUUGACUAAACCAUGCAUGUAAACAUGCUGAGUUUCUUAUUCUGUCACUUUUCUUCAACCCUCUUGUGUAGUUUGCAAACCAAGGCCGUCUUUGUGUCCUUGCGGCCCUCCUUUAACCAGUCAGGGUACUCCACUGAUGCUGAGCUGUCCAAUAAGAGGUGAGCAAUACGAGGAAAUCUCCUGUGUACAUGAUUGUUGUUUUCUGCUCCUCUUCUGUUCCUGUGGAUGUUUGUUUUCUCUGAUGCUGAUGGGGCGAGUUCAACCACUCGUGUCUCCUCCUGCUGUCGUCCAGUCGCCUCCGUUAACAAUAAGAUGCUCGGGUGACCUCUGACAGAGCCUACCUGUAGCCGACGACCCGGUGCUGAGCGUGGCGUGAAGCAGGCAGAGCUGGUAGUUAGCUGUAGUCGUAGUAACAGGAAUGCUUAAAGGCGAUGAGCUGCUGUGUUGUUGACCUGAUGAUCAAACCGUCUGCUUGCUUUGUGUCACUGUAGAUUUCUACAGUUUGUUUUUUUUGUAUUCCCUUUUUAAUAAACACUCUG